GUUCCCGCAGGUGCAAAAUUACCUCAGUAACGUGCAGCUGUGAUACGAAGGACAUCUUCUGGUGCCAGCAUGUCGUCGCCCUGGCCCUUUACAGGAUCAGGAACGCGGAACGCGUCACGCUGCGCGUGCCCAUAUCUGAGACGCUGUUGCAAAUGGACAGAGACCAGUUGCAGAAGUUGGUGCAGUACCUGAUUGCGGAGCAUCACACGGAAGUGCUGCCUACGGCGCAGAAGCUGGCCGACGAGAUCCUGCGCCACGAGUCCGAGAUAAACCGUAUUCAAGGUGCCCCGGAUCCGACUGCGGGAUCAUCAGCAGAAGCGGAACAUUCGUGGCAUUUGGACGAAGAACAAGUGUGCGAGCAAGUCCGAUCCUACUUGUCUCAAGGCAGCUACUACUCGGCUAAUCGGCAACUUCAGGCAAUGUUCUCAAAGGUGAGAGAAAUGCUUCGAGCUCGUGACUCAAACGGCGCUCGGAUGCUGACUCUCAUCACUGAGCAAUUCCUGGACGAUCCUCGCCUUUUGCUCUGGAAGUCGCAAGGCACCUCAAUGACCGACAAAUUCCGCCUGUUAUGGGAUCAACUCGGAACCCUCUGGGUCUGUGUCGUCCUCAACCCCAAGUGCGAAACCCAGGAGAAGCAAAUGUGGCGCAAACUUCUGGAUCGUUGGGCCCGGGUUCAGGUCUGCCCGCUGGAGGAUCCCGACCACCGACCGCCGCCGGCGUCUCAGUCAGGAUCCCAGCAAAACGGCGGCGGGAACGGAGCACCCGGCGCCAGUGGAGCCGCCUCUCAACGUCCGCCGCAACUGAGGUUGAGCUCAUUCGGAUUACGGGUGUCGGAUACGAGUGAUGCCGAAGAGGACGAGGACGACGAAGAGGAAGAACGAGACGGAUCCGGAAGUAAUAAUUCCGCGUCUUCGGAUGAAGAGGAGCAUGAAGAACGCUUGUCGUACUUGAGAGGGAAGCGGAAGACGCGUCAGACGACUGCAGAAGAGCGGAAGCGGAAACGGCGUCGAAGAGUGCGGCGUCGCGGCCACGGUAGCGAUGGAACUUUGACGAAACAUGUCCCUCGCACCGUCUUCCAUCGGGCAUUGGACGCCGUCAGGCUCGAUUGGGGAGACGCGCAUUUGCGGAGCAUCUUGUCGUCCACCUCCAUGGACGACAGUCCAGCAACCCGAGAUUCAGAAGGAGCUUCCUCAUCCAACUGGUACAACAUCCAUGGCCAGCCCAUCUGGUCCUCUGAAGACGUGCCGACAGCCGCGGCACGAGUGGACGCCUUGCGAGCCCACGGGUACACCCGUGAAGCCCUCCGGCUCGCCGUUGCCGUGGUUCGUUCUAUGAAGUCGCAAGGCACCUCAAUGACCGACAAAUUCCGCCUGUUAUGGGAUCAACUCGGAACCCUCUGGGUCUGUGUCGUCCUCAACCCCAAGUGCGAAACCCAGGAGAAGCAAAUGUGGCGCAAACUUCUGGAUCGUUGGGCCCGGGUUCAGGUCUGCCCGCUGGAGGAUCCCGACCACCGACCGCCGCCGGCGUCUCAGUCAGGAUCCCAGCAAAACGGCGGCGGGAACGGAGCACCCGGCGCCAGUGGAGCCGCCUCUCAACGUCCGCCGCAACUGAGGUUGAGCUCAUUCGGAUUACGGGUGUCGGAUACGAGUGAUGCCGAAGAGGACGAGGACGACGAAGAGGAAGAACGAGACGGAUCCGGAAGUAAUAAUUCCGCGUCUUCGGAUGAAGAGGAGCAUGAAGAACGCUUGUCGUACUUGAGAGGGAAGCGGAAGACGCGUCAGACGACUGCAGAAGAGCGGAAGCGGAAACGGCGUCGAAGAGUGCGGCGUCGCGGCCACGGUAGCGAUGGAACUUUGACGAAACAUGUCCCUCGCACCGUCUUCCAUCGGGCAUUGGACGCCGUCAGGCUCGAUUGGGGAGACGCACAUUUGCGGAGCAUCUUGUCGUCCACCUCCAUGGACGACAGUCCAGCUACCCGAGAUUCAGAAGGAGCUUCCUCAUCCAACUGGUACAACAUCCAUGGCCAGCCCAUCUGGUCCUCCGAAGACGUGCCGACAGCCGCGGCACGAGUGGACGCCUUGCGAGCCCACGGGUACACCCGUGAAGCCCUCCGGCUCGCCGUUGCCGUGGUUCGUUCUAUGAAGGCCAAACAAGCAGCCAACGCGAAGAAGUGGGCUCGAAUCCAUCACCACUCGGACUCUCGUCGUCGGGACUCGAGCCAUUCCUCGCAUCGCUACUCUUCCAGUUCUUCGUCCUCGUCCACCAACUCAUCUUCUCACUGCUACCCGCGCAACUAUUCCUGUUCCCGGCGACAACAUCAUCAAGCGGCAGCGGCGGCGGAUGGUUGGCACGGCAGCUACCCAUUCUCCAACGCAUUGCCGCCGUCACUGAGCAUGUUAGGUCACGUUGGCGGUUAUGCCCCGCCUGGUUACCCGUCUGGCACGGCGCCGUCGUCGGCAUCGUCACCGUCGUCGAGAGGUUAUGGCUACGGACCGCACGAUUUUGCUCCGUCGAACGGAGUCGGCACGGGCUAUCGCACUUCGGGCAAUGAUUUCUAUCGCCAGUGCUAUCAGCAAUUCUAUGGGCAGUUCCAGGAGGAAGGUUGGAUAGGGCAUCCCAUGGACCCGAUUGGGUGUUACAAGCUGUGCGACCGCCUUCGCAGCCAACAUGGUCUCCUGGUUCGUGCACGCUGCACGAAACGCGGUCCGCCACCGCCACUAGAGAGCCCAAGAAACCCAUGCCCGCUGCUCCUUCUGUUGUGA